UAGAAGGCGUAAUUUUUAACACAAGCCUGCGUUUCCUUAUCUUAUGUCAUGUAAUAUCACCAUUUCCAUUAUGACAGAUGUGCUCAUCCAAUUCAACCUUCAAAAUGGUGAGCAGAGCGACAGGAUUACAGACGCCACAACUUUUAUUUGACGGAUCAGAAGAGAGGUAUGAUCUUUGGGAAACAAGAUUCCUAGGCUACUUACAUACUUUAAAGCUAAAACAGACCAUUUUGCAUGACCCCACUAAUGCUAACGCAGAAGCGCUAGCCGAAGACGGACGGAAGAAUGCUGAUUGCUAUGCUGAAUUAAUAAGAUUGAUAGAUGAUAAAAGCCUAUCACUGGUAAGACAUGAAGCUGCUGAUGAUGGAAGAAAAGCUCUGAGAAUUCUGAAAGAACAUUAUUCUGGAAAAAGUAAGCCGAGGAUAAUAAACAUGUACACAUCGCUAACCCAGCUACGCAUGGCGGACAACGAGAGUGUCACAGACUACCUAAUAAAGGCAGAGAACCUCAUUACGGCUCUUAGAGAUACGGGAGAGACCAUGAGUGACGGCCUAACCAUAGCUAUGAUUCUCCGCGGAUUACCGGAUACUUUCAAGCCGCUAGCCGUUCACAUAACGCAAAAUGAGGACAACGUCACGUUCACGGACUUCAAAAGAAGGCUACGGAUUUACGAGGAAGCAGAGAAAAUAAAAACUACACAACUUGCAGAUAAUGUGAUGAAAGCACAGACAAGACAGGGACGAAUCUUUUCCAAGUUGUACCCUAAAGACAGAAAUAAUGAAGACACCAGUGUAACAUGUUACAAAUGUGGAGUUAAAGGACACAAAGCAAGAAAAUGCUACAAAAGAGUAUGGUGUAAUCAUUGUAAAAACAGUACACAUGCAGAGUUCCUGUGCAAGAAAAGAGGAGACCGAGAUGGUGCUAGAAAGGUUACAGAUGAACAAGACAGCGACCAAGAUCAGACGGUGCUGCCAACUCUCACGCUUUCGCCGUGUGACACACGGAUUUGCCUGUGUUCACACGCACACACAUCUAAUUACUCACGCAAAAAAAAUACGAUCGUGGGGCGAGACUCGUUUGUUCCUUUUAAACUCCCCGCCGGUAGAUGGCGCUGAUGGCUGGCUGGAUCCCGAAGCUAGCGACAGAAGAAGAUAUACCCCGAAAUUCAACUACCACCUCGAGAAGUGUGAUGAUGUAUCUGAGACGUCCAAAGAAAAGGACUCUGUGUGGAUGACUUUUUCCUCUUCUAGGACCAAACAGCACUUCAAACCGACAAGAAGGGCUGAGGUCAAAGUGACAGCUGGGCUGGUAGUUCACAACGUCCCCCUAGCCUUUGCGGACCACCUGGGGCCUCUCCUAAAAGAAUGUUUCGGAGAUUCAAAGACAGCGCAGGAGUACAGGUGUGCCAGGACUAAGUCCUCCUGCAUUACCAAUGAAGCACUCGCACCAUAUUUCACACAGCAGCUUUCAAAGGAGAUGAAAAAAGCCCCGUAUACCCUUGUUACGGAUGGGUCGAAUGACACCGGAGUGCAGAAGAUGAACCCGCUUACUGUCCGUGUCUUCAUGGGCAGCAAAGUUGUCCACCAAUUUUUAAGUAUGUGCACAACAAGUGGGACGAGAUAUGGGACAGCAAGUGCGAUCUUCACCAAAUUGAACUCCACCUUAGAGGAGCAUGGCAUCCCUUGGGAGAACUGCAUUGGUCUCUCAGUUGACAAUGCAGCGGUGAACAUUGGAUCACAUAAUUCCAUUGCCUCUAGGGUCCUCCAGAAGCAUCCCAACACCUAUAUUCAUGGUUGUCCUUGUCAUGUGGCACAUAACACAGCCAAAGCUGCAGGAGUGGGAUUUUUUAAAGUGUCCGGUUUUGAUUUGGAGGAUAUGGUAGUUGACAUCGGUUACUGGUUCAAGGGUAGCACAAAUCGGAAAGGAUACCUGACAGAGUUUUGUGAGCUCCAUGAAGCGGAGUACAUGGAGGUCCUCCUGCAUAUCUCGGUUCGGUGGCUAAGCCUUGAACGUUGUGUGACCAGGAUCCUGAGGCUGUAUGAACCUCUGGCCAGCUACUACAAAUCUGCUAAUGAAAAUCAGGCCAGGUUCAAGAGGCUUGUCCAGACAUUCACUGACCCUAUGACAGAAGUGUACCAGCUUUUCUUCCAAGCCAGCAUACCAACUUUCACUUCUUUCAACUUGCUUCUUCAGAGAGAGCAGUCGUCAAUAUUUUUGUUGCAUGAUGAGAUGGUAAAAUUCGUACGUAAGCUAUGUUCCAAGUUUAUGGUUCCAGCAGCUCUGCAGGGCCAUGAUGAGCCUUGUGAAAUGAGCCUUUAAAGAGAAGGCAAACCAUUUACCAGGGAGAAAGUUGAACAUUGGGUUCACAACCAGGGCUAAACUUAACAGAUUACUUGACGAGGGUGACAUCACACCACAGCAGGAGGAUUUAUUCCAUGAAGCUGUGUUGUGUUUCCUGACAAGUGCUGUGGACUAUGCACUUAAGAAGCUGCCACUGGAAGAGCCACUUAUCAAACAUGCAAAAUUUGUAGAUGUACGGCAGAGAGCUGAAAGUGACAUUGAAGAUGUCCUGUACUUUGUUGAAAGGUUUCCUCAUCUCCUCCCAUACCAUGGGCCAGAGGAGCAUGACCAUCUGGGUGAGGAGUUUCUAAAUUAUCAGACCAUGCCAAUGAUAUCCCUGCAGGACGAAACUGAAAUGGAAAGUUUCUGGGCUGAAAUGGCAACCCGGAAACAUAAGGUGACAGGUGCCAAAGAAUUCGAAAGGCUUGCUGCCGUCGCCAAACUGGUUCUGGUGCUGCCCCAUGCAAACGCAGAUGCUGAGAGGGUGUUUUCAGUUGUGGGACUGAACAAAACCAAGAGAAGAAACAGACUAGCAUUGGAUGGCACCCUGUCAUCAAUAAUGACCAUAAAGAUGCCCAAUCUGGAGCCCUGCUUCAAAUGGGAGCCCCCCUCAGAUAUCAUCAAGGCCUCCAAGAAGGCCACAGACCAGUAUAACCAUGCCCACCGAUCAUAGACAAGGACUUUACCCAGCAUCUGAUACUGAUAAUGCCUCAUUUUUGGUUAUUUUUGUAAUGCAUUCAUCGGUUUGAAUUUGCGUGAAAAAAUUGUACUGUUUAAGCACUUUAUUUGUUGCACUUUAUUUGUUUCUGAUGGACCAGGUGGUGGGAGGCUUGAAUGAAGAAUAAUGUCCCUCCCAAA